AUGAGCAGCAAAGGAUCAGCCACUCCCAAUGAGCCUCGCGGGCUCCUUCGCAAAGGGACAUCAAAACGUGAUACUCCAGGGAGGGCCCCAGCCAAAUUCCAACAGCAAUUCGAGUUCGUCGAGGGAUUGAACAGUAAAGAACAACGGAAAAAGACGAGAUCAUGGGUGACUACGCAACACUACCGGCGAAAGCGAUAUGAACAGGGUGAUGCUCGGCCGGAGUCCGAACACGAGUCCAGGGGCAAGGUCCCAAAGGCUUCGAUUCCGUCUCCCAGCGAUUUCCAGUCCAAUAACGAAGGGGAAAAGCACGCGGCAGAUGGAGUUCCCUUCUCACCCAACCGCGUCGUACAAUGGAGUGCAGGGCCGGGGCAGUCCUGCUUUCUACAACGGCUAGGAGGCGGGCGAGCAGAUCCCUUCAAUUCCUAUCCUAUCCUAGCAACUCGUGAUGUGCAUGAACUUGUGGAUCACUACUACUUUGUGAUCCCCUCCCUCGUCCACAGACAUUGGACCAGGGCGGUUCGCCGGCCUCGAGCUUGUUGGGAUUUGUUCAACCUGUACCGCAACCACGAGAUCCCCUUUUUAGGCAUGCUCCACCACGCAGCCCAUCACUUGGCGGGAAUGAGAGGAAUUUGGAUGUCUUUGCAGACAUUCGAGUUCAAACAGCGCACGCUUGCGGCGGUGAAUCAGAGCCUUCAGAGGCGACAGGGUCCUUGUGAUGACUGGACGAUUAUUGGCGUCGGCCUCCUUGCAAACGCAGAGAGGGUCUGGGGUGACCGGGAAACCGCACGGAUGCAUUGGGGAGCUCUCAAACAACUCCUCCUCGAACGUGGGGGGUUUCGAGCGCUUCAGAGCAAUCCGACAAUGCAUACAAAGCUGGUCUGGAGCUUCAUAGCAUUGUCGUGGCCGACGGCAAAUGGCAACCCAGCGUACGUUGAUGGCUUCGUCGAGUCUGCCGCGGCAUUGCCCCAUUCUCCAAGCGUACACCCCGACUCUGCGUUCAGAAGCAGUUGCCAUGAGUUCACCCAGUUCUUUGACGCACGACGAAGCCAGGUUCUAAAAAAUCUCCCUUCGACACCGGCACAGCAGCGGAUACUGAGAACACACCGGUACCGGGCAACGAUGUUCCAAGAGGGGACAGAAUUGGCGAAUGCUUUGAAGUCGGUUGAAACAGGGUAUGAAAACCCAGACAAACGACGAGCGGUGGAUAACUGCCGUAUCGCCUGUCUGAUACAUCUCAACCUGGUGAUGGCUGAGCACGGGGACUUCGCCCAAGCCACCGAGGAGUAUCUCCAGGCCCUGCAACGAAUCUUGGAAGAAGCCGACGACGACAGCAGUCUAAGUGCGGAGCAUCUAUUAUGGACGUUGCUGAGCCUGUUCCGGUCUCCGGGACAUUACGAGCGGGUAUGGAAAAUGUCUAGGCUGGUAGGCGUGGUGAAGAGGACGAGGGCACACACUUGGACAGCGAUUGAGAACGCGCUCCGUGCAUUCCUGCGUCUGCCGGAGUCGAUCCACGAUCUUGAAUCUGCUCUGUCUGUGUGGAACCGCGAAGAGUGUUUGGAGGAGGUCGUUGACAUGGGGAAUGCCUCUUCUCGUAUCCUGGAUCCUCGGGCAGUUGCGGUGCCCGUCCAGCACGACAUUCCGUGCUCUGGUGAUUGUCGCAUAUGUCCUCUCAAACCAACGACGUUCUGA